UCUGAGCUGCCGAUUAGGCUGAUCACAGCCGGAGCGCACGGUGCGGUGACAGUCUGCAGGAAGACACGGCUCACACACACACACACACACGCACACACGCGCGCGCUCACACAUAGAAGGAGAGGGAGGGACGGAGAGUAACACACGCGGAUGCGCACGAGAAAUGAUCCUCUCCUAGACGAUGGCACCGUCGGGCUCGCGUAGUAUCAAGAACGGCUGUAAGAGAGUUCUGUACUGGAUCCCGGUCCUCUUCAUCGCCCUCAUAGUGGCGUGGUCAUACUACGCCUAUGUGUUGCAGCUUUGCAUAGAGUCUAUCGAGCACACCGGAGAGAAGGUGAUAUACUUGCUGGUGUAUCAUGUCAUCUUCGUCAUGUUUGUGUGGGCGUACUGGCAGACCAUCUGCACCAGGCCCUCCAACCCCCUGAAGGAGUUUCACCUGUCCUACUCUGACAAAGAGCUGCUGGAGCGUGAAGACCGGGGGGAGUCUCAGCAGGAGAUCUUGAGGAGGAUAUCCAGGGAUCUGCCCAUCCACACGCGCACCAACUCUGGAGCAAUCCGUUUCUGUGACCGCUGCCAGCUGCUGAAGCCUGAUCGAUGUCACCAUUGUUCCGUCUGUGAUCGAUGCAUCCUGAAGAUGGAUCACCACUGCCCAUGGGUGAACAACUGCGUGGGAUUCUCCAACUACAAGUUUUUCAUGCUGUUCUUGGCGUAUUCGCUGCUCUACUGCCUUUUCAUAACUGCAACAGAUCUGCAGUACUUCAUUAAGUUCUGGCUGAACGGCCUCCCAGACACUCAGGCCAAGUUCCACAUCCUGUUCCUCUUCUUCUCGGCCUCCAUGUUCUCCGUCAGCCUGGCGUCACUUUUAACCUAUCACUGCUGGCUCGUCUGCAAGAACCGAUCCACCCUCGAGGCCGUGCGUGCUCCAGUGUUCCGCCACGGCACCGAUAAGAGCGGCUUCAGUCUGGGCUUGAGGAAGAACUUCCGCCAGGUCUUUGGGGAUGAAGUUAAAUACUGGCCCAUUCCUGUUUUCACCGGUUUAGGUGACGGGUGCUCGUUCCCAACCUGCCUGGUGAAUGUGGACCCGGAGCAGCCCUCAACAUCGCCCACUGGCUCCAACCCUGCCAACAAGAGUGCAGCAGAGGGCCGCCAGUUCCCCUCCAAGCCACUGACGGAGUCUCAGAGUCGACUGCUCACCAGCACCCCCUCCUGGUCAGAGAAUGACAGUGCAACAGGCCGGAAGGGUGCCAAUAACCCGGGGAUGACCAUUGAAAAUGAGGCGUGA